AGCUGCUGUUGCUCCGGUGUCAUGUUGGGCCGCCGCCUCUUCGCUGCCCCCGUGAUCCCCCGCGCUGCGCACGCUGCGCACGCGACGCCGGCCGUGCUACGCCGUCCGGCGACGUCGGGAGAUCGAAGACGGAUGUGGCGUGGCGCGGCGGCUGUGACUGCUGCCCUUGCGCUGCAGAGACAUAGCCAAGUGUUUCUUCGCGCUGCCUCAACUGCGAGCGCGACCUCCAAUGAGGGCAUGGGUGCCGAUGCGGCUCAGCAGGUCUUGGAAAAGGCCGGUCUGCAGGUUGAGAUGGUACAGUGCCUAAGUGACAACUACUGUCCAGUUUUCCAUCAUGCUGCCUCUGGCGUGACCUUUGUCAUGGAUACACCGGAGGCCGCACCAAUCGCUGCGGCUCUGAAGAGGAGGGGAUGGACAUUGACACAUAUUUUGAACACUCACUACCACGGUGAUCAUGUGGGAGGAAAUCUGGCGCUGAAGGAUCAGUUUCCAAAUGUUCAGAUCAUCGGCCAUGGCAGCCAGGAGGGUGAAAAGAUUCCUGGCAUCGAUCAGGAGGUCGCUGAGGGAGACGAAGUGCGAUGCGGAGCUUUGACCUCGCAAGUGUUAGAGGUGGGCGGUCAUACUGCCAGCCACAUUGCUUACUUCUUUCCGGAGGUCCCCAUGGCGCUGACGGGCGAUGCCCUCUUCACCAUGGGCUGCGGUCGGGUUUUCACCGGGGACUUCGCGCGGAUGCAGGCGUCACUGGGAAAGUUGCGGAACUUGCCGGAUGAGACCGUGGUGUUUUGCUCCCACGAAUACACGGCGGCCAACGUGGACUUUGCCGUGAAGGUUGAACCCGGCAACGCGGCGCUGAGGGCCCGCCAAGCCGCGGUGCAGCGGCUGCGUGCCGCAAAGCUGGCCACGGUGCCGACGCUGAUGGCGCAUGAGAAGGCAACCAAUCCAUUCCUGCGAUGGGAUGUACCUGAGGUGCAACAGGCGGCCGGCGGUUUGGAGGAGGCCGCGGCGGUGUUCACGGCCAUUCGAAGGUGGAAGGACACGGGCAAUCCUCCAGCUGCUGCGCGCAUGUGAGUCAUGCGGCGGAAAAAA